AUCUUCCUUUUUUUUUCCCAAUAUCUUUUUGGUUUUCUAGUAUGGAUGUAACUGGAUUACAAAUUUUUGGAAUGAAAUUGUUUGGAAUGAAAUUGAGAUCUUCCUUUUUUUCCCAAUAUCUUUGACCACCCGGCCUUAUCUCUCCUCUCCAAGAGUUUUCGAUCUCUAGUGGCUUCGCCUGAGCUCCACAAGAUCCGAUCGAAGAUGGGAAUCACCGACACAGAAGUCUACGUAUGCUUACGCACCCCUCCCGACCCGAACCCAGGCUGGUAUAUCCUCCGCUGCUCCUCCAAUCUGAUCGCCGCUUCUAGUUUCCCCUCUCAGCAUCUGGAAUCGAUUGCCGGACUCACACCUGGCGUCGCGUCCCUUCCAUGGGAGUGGCUCGAGCUUCCCCCGCUGCCGCCGUGGUGGACGGGAAGAUUUACGUGGUGGGAGGCUGCGAUGUGUAUGAUGAAUCUUUGAGCUGGGGAGAGGUGUUUGACCCAAAGACCCAAGCGUGGGAGUCUUUGCCUUUGCCGUGGCCACGCCAGUAAUUGUUCACGACUGUGUGGUGAAGGACGGGAAAAUAUAUACGGUGAUUGGAGUGGAGAAAACGGGCUACUACUCGCCUAGGGAAGGUAUUAUUAGACACAAAGUGUCCGACAUCGGGUGUUGGAAGAGAUCCUUAGUAAUAUAUAAGAUAGAUAGGUCACUCCACUUAUCACCAAUUGGUUUUAGUUUGGAAGCUCAUCUAGCUUAACAUGGUAUCAGAGCCCGAUCCACGUAGUCCAACCCGAUCCAUAUCGAUCUGGUCCAAAGUUGGCCCAUCGAUCCUUGCCCGAGCAUUCUCGAGGGGGCGUAUUAGACACAAAGUGUCCCACAUCGGGCGUUGGAAGGGAUCCUUCUUAAUAUAUAAGAUAGAUGCGUCACUUCACUUAUCACUAAUUGGGUUUAGGUUAGAAGCCCAUUAGCUUAACAGGUAUAUGGGGAGAAGGGAACCGUGGUGUAAUGAUAGGAGGGCCUAGAAGGGAUUGGUGUAUGAUUGGUAAUCUUAUGUAUUCUAUUAAUAAACAUGGGAGAAUAUUUUGGUGUGAGCCAGAGGAGUUGGACUGGCGCGAACCAGAGGGUGGUAUUAUGGAUUGGUGGAAUGAGGUCAAGGGUUUGGAGGCUCUCACUGGGAAUCUCUCUCGUUCUAGGCUCGUUCACUUUGGUGUCCAGAUUGUGAAUUGGUACCACAAAUUUAAGCAUCAGUUUUCUGAAGACAAAGACUUGGCAGCUUUGCUUCCUGGGGCCAGGCUUUGCACUUCUGCUGGCAACAUGUUGCUCUUCUGGGACGAGAUGGUGCCAGGCAAUAUUCAGAAGAUUUGGUGCGCUGAGAUUUCUUUGGAGACACGACGACAAGGCGAGAUUUGGGGCAACGUUGAGUGGUCUCGUGCGGUCAUGACCGUUGAUGAUGAUGAUCCUUUCGCUCGUCCUGGUCGCUGUAAGGUUUUGCAUUCUGUUUCCGUCACCCGUUGACCUGAGCUUGCCAUGAUAAAAAAAAAAAAAAAAAGUAUAUUUAUUAGUGUCUCUAGAUGCUGGUGAACCAAAUAAGUCUGUCUCUCUUUUUUUUUCUGCUUUCAUUCUGCAUAUACUUUACAGAAUCGUCAAAGUCUCGUUCAAUCAACAAACUCUCAGUCAUCAACAACAAAUAAUGAAAUCGGGCAGAGUUAAGUUAGCAGACUUUUAUUGCUAUAAAACUCCUCAGACACAUUGUCAUAUGACUUUUAGAGGGUUCAACAA